CUUCCUAUGUAUCACGUGACGAUCGCUGCACUGUGCAGACUGGGAUACAAUUCAUCUGCAAACACCGGGACAGCACGGGAAUCAUAGCCCAAUGGCUGUCAUGUGACCGGAGGCAGGACACGCCCCCUCGCCGGUAGAGAAGUCGGGUCGGUUGUGUGCUGGACCAUGUAACUAAUGUGACACCUGAAGCGAUGGAGUGGGCGGAUAACAGGCAUGACAGAAGAAGUGCCCGUGCUAGAAUAUGGGCCAAAUGCUGCUCCUGGGAAGCAUUAAAAAGGACAUUCCCAUUCAUGUGCUGGCUACCUCAGUAUUCUUUACAUUGGAUGCAACUUGACAUUAUUGCUGGAUUUACAGUUGGACUGACUGUAGUACCCCAGGCACUUGCCUAUGCGGAGGUUGCUGAGCUACCUGUAGAGUUUGGACUCUAUUCUUCCUAUGUCGGCUGCUUUGUUUACUGCCUUUUCGGGACAUCCAAAGAUGUAACAUUAGGCCCCACUGCCAUUAUGUCCCUUCUUGUGUUUGUCUACACAUCUGGAGAUGUAUCAAAGGCUAUUCUCCUGGCUUUCCUAUCUGGUUGCAUACAACUGGCCAUGGGGAUUUUGAAGUUUGGUUUCCUAUUGGAUUUCAUUUCAUACCCUGUAAUCAAAGCCUUUACUUCAGCUGCGGCUGUCACCAUUGGUUUUAGCCAAGUCAAGAAUCUUCUAGGUCUAAAGGAUAUUCCUCGUCAAUUUGUCUUACAAGUUUAUGAGACUUUUCACAAGCUUCCAUCCAUCAGACUUGGUGAUGCCGUUCUUGGUUUUCUUUGCAUCGCCUUUCUUUUGGCACUGAAAUUCAUGAAAGAUCAUUUUCCAAGGGUAUAUAGAGGAAUGCCAAGAUGCUAUCGGCUCUGCUACAUCAUUGUUUGGGUAACUACAACAGCCAGAAAUGCGAUUGUGGUAGUCGCUGCAGGUCUGGUGGCCUACUCUUUCCAUGUGAUGGGUUUACAUCCUUUCAUCCUUACUGGAAAGACCGCCGAAGGUCUCCCCGAGUUCCAUCUGCCCCCUUUCUCAGAGAAGACUGACAACCGCACCGUCUCAUUCAGUGAAAUGGUUCAGGAUAUCGGACCUGGACUUUUUAUCAUUCCAAUGAUGGGCUUGUUGGAAAGUGUAGCCAUUGCACGAGCUUUUGCUUCUCAGAAUAACUACAGAAUCAACACAAACCAGGAGCUGCUUGCAAUAGGUCUCACAAAUUUUUUGGGCUCCUUUCUCUCUGCGUAUCCUGUUACAGGAAGCUUUGGGAGAACAGCGCUUAAUUCUCAGACUGGAGUGUAUACACCGGCAGGGGGCAUCCUAACCGGGCUGCUGGUGUUAUUUUCACUUGGAUACCUGACUCCUUUAUUCUUCUACAUUCCCAAAGCGGCUCUCGCUGCAGUUAUAAUCUGUGCUGUAGCUCCUAUGUUUGACUUGGGAAUCUGCAAAACAUUGUGGAAAGUCAAAAAAAUAGACUUGCUUCCUUUCUUGGCCACCUUUCUUGUCUCAUUCUGGGAAAUUCAGUAUGGGAUCCUUGUUGGCAUCCUUGUGUCAAUGUUCAUACUUUGCUAUUCAGUUGCAAGACCCAAGAUAAAGGUAAUUGAUCCAAAUAGUGUAACAUUGAUGAUCAUGAGUGGUCUUAGUUUCCCAUCUGUGGAAUAUUUGAGAGAUGCUAUUUAUGAAAAAGUAUUUACAGAUUCCAUGCUGCACUCGGUAGUCCUGGAUUUUACUCAUGUAAGUGUUCUGGAUUAUACUGUUGUGAUGGCUCUUUGUGAACUACAUCAUGAAUUCCAGUCACAGGGGAAGUCUCUGCUAUUUUCAGGACUGCAGCCUGACAUUCUUCAGAUCUUAUUGGCAGCAAAUUUUAAAGACUUUCAGCAUCCUCGGAGCAUGACAACAGCAAAUGACCUGUAUGAAGAUGGAAGCAUACAGCCCUUACUCCACAAUGAUCCUACAGUUUCAUCCUAGGUGUGAUUUUGAUAUUGCCCACACCUGUUACUUGCCCCAGAGCGAAGCUGUUGGGAAGAAAUGAGAGCACCCUGACUACAGUGACUUGUCUAAAAUAGACUUCAAUGACUUUCUACUUGACUGGAUUUCUAGUUCCUCUCUGAUGUUCAGAACACAAAUACCUAGAGGAUUGAAUCUCCAGGAAAAGGAUACACAGCCUUGAUGGUAACAAGAGCUGACAAAAAUGUGCAAUGAUGAAACAAUUGUUUUUAACUCUUAAUUUUGUUACUUUCAAAUAAUAAAAAAACAAAACAAAAGAAAAACACCUAUGAUUCCCAAAAUGUAUUAGAUCUUAAAGUGAUUAUCCCAAGAUUAAAAGUUUUCCAGGAUAAAUAGCCGAUCGGUCUGAGUGAUUGGAGUGUAAGCACACAUGCUCGGCCCACUUCUCCAAUCGAUGCCUGUAGGACUUUGGGACAUUGCUGUGAUCAGCAAUGUUCGGAACAUUAUUACAGUGAUGUGAAGUUACCCAAAGGUGAACACACUUUAUUUAUCAGAUCAAAUCCAUUGGUUGCAUCUUAUUGAUAAUGGGUCGUAACAGAAAACUAAACGUGAUAAAAAACGUUCCCGAAAGAAAGAGAAGAUUGGACACCUAAAUCCUCAACUUACAUUGAUCUGUGGAUCACAUUUCUUCCUGUUCACAUGUGGCAAUUAGACUGGAUUAAGACCCCAUAAAGGAUAUAAUGCAUUUACAUCUCAUUAAACUUUUCCUUCUGAGGGCUCGUUCACACGGGCGGAUCCACAGCGUAUUUUACGCUGCGGAUCAAAGCAGACGAUGGACCCUGCCGCUACACUGUGCGCAUGCGCAGUAUACUCACACAUCGCGGCGGCGCUCGGCCUAGCUCAGGGAGCAGGGGGAGCGGCCACGAUGUGUGAGAGUACAGCAGUGUGUCUGCUCAUAGUGGUCCAUCGUCGGCGGAUCAGUUCAUGUGAACGAGCCCUAAGGGGAUGUUCCCAUGUGCCGUAUUUUGCUGCGUAUUUUCCUACCCAUUAAAGUCAAUAGGAAACAAAAUCAGCUGGGUAUUUUGCUACCCAUUGACUUCAGUGGGAAAGAAAAUAUGCAGCACAAAUACACAGCACAAUACGGCAUGUGGGAACUAUGUAACGUCACAACUUUUCCAGUAUGGUCACUUUUAUCAAUUUACCCUUUGCUUCUGCAGCUGCUCUCUUGCCUUUUGUGUGAACAGUAUACUGAACACCAUUUGUAUUCACUCUUUAUAUAUUUAUUCAGAUUAAAGGGUUAAUCCGCUCCCCAGCAUCCGGAACAUUGAGUUCCGAACGCUGUGUGCGGGCUUCCAUGUUAACGCCCGCCCCCUCGUGAUGUCACGGCCUGCCUCCUCAUUGAAAGUCUAUGGGAAGGGGGAUCGACGGCCGUCACGCCCCCUCCCAUAGACUUGCAUUGAUGGGGCGGUGAGUGACUUCACAUGACUGGAGGUGAGGUCACGAGGGGGCGGGCGUGAACACGGAAGCCCGCACACAGCAUUCAGAAAUGUUCAGGAAGCUGGGUAGUGGAGUGACCCUUUAACCAUGUUGCCUCUGACUCUCUCUUCUCAUGGAGGUUCUCCAUGCCCCUUAUCAGCUCUCUUUUAAGUAGUAAGAUGGUUACGGUCUGGAAAAAGUAAAUGCCAAUGUAAUAUACCACAGUAGCUUACCGGCCUUAGAAACUGCUAAUUUGUAUUAAAAGGUGCUAUUUAAUCUUUGUUCUACCAGUAAACACACGGGGAGAUCUACUAAAGUCCUGCAUUUUAUUUGCAGGUCGUAGGGAAAUUGAAAUAGGAUGCAGCAAACUAAUUUCGAGGAUCUGAGUAAAUUUCUUACAUCUAUGGCUCUGCAUGUGCUACGCAGUGGGACCCUCCGCACAGGGACACAGUUUUCUGUUUUACAGCCCACUCCCAUCCAUUCCAUGCCCACUACCCUCUGCCAGGGGGAUGGGGACACAGCUUCUCACCACAUCUCCCUGCCGCUCAGACAAACCAAACUGUGGAGCACCGAGAACUUUCUCCCACCUGCCCGCGCCACACAUCUAGCAUCUGCCCACUACCAGUAGCAAGACUACAACUCCCACUGCAUGCCCUUACAGUGAUGAAAUGAUGGGGACUGUAGUGUUGCAAUGGGUAGCUGACGGAUGGUGGAUGUUCUUCAGAUCUAUAAAUAGCUACAUAGUUUGUAAGGUUGGGAAAAAGAAAAAAGUCUAUAAAGUUCAACUGACAAACCUUACUGCUAGAGAUGAGCGAACUUAUAAAUUCGAUUCGUCACGAAGUUCUCGGCUCGGCAGUUGAUGGCUUAUCCUGCAUAAAUUAGUUCAGCUUUCAGGUGCUUCAGUGGGCUGG